CGGACACCAUAUCAGAAAGAGAGGAGAGCAGAUUUCAGAGCUCAGCGCUUUAUAUUUCAGCCGAUAUGCUGCCGCAGAACCCUGUUUGAUUGAGUCUCAACGUUCUUAUAUGUGACGUCACUCGCUUGAUCGCUGCCCCGCGAGAGCACAGAGAGAGCAGCGAUAGCACUCUGCUGUUGUUGGUGCUCUUUCUCGGGCACAGAACGGGAUCGUAGUCUUCGUCCAUGCGAGAUGAAGAUUCUCUGGGUGAUUCUAGUGGCUUUCUCUGGACUAAUGGAGACCAUGUCAGAGCGUUUUAAUGUAGUGGGUCCAGCUGCUCCUCUUGUUGCUGAAACUGGUGAAGAUCUGAUUCUGCCCUGUUCUCUUCAGCCCAACAUCAGUGCUGAGGGAAUGAUGGUGGAGUGGCUUAGAACAGAUCUGACUGAUAGACUGGUCCAUCUGUACAAAGAUUAUAAAGACACAAAUAAUGAUCAGAUUAAGACAUACAGAGGGAGAACAGCUCUGUUUAAAGAAGAACUGAAGAAAGGAAACACCUCCCUGAAACUGUCAGCACUCCAACCUUCUGAUGAGGGAACUUACAAGUGUUUAAUUACAUCUGAAUCCUGGUAUGAGGACUUUACUCUUCGUGUUGCAAUUAAUGUACGUUUGAAACUAGUUGGUGCAGCUGCUCCUCUUGUUGCUGAAGCUGGAGAAGAUCUGGUUCUGCCCUGUUCUCUCCAACCCAGCAUCAGUGCUGAGGGUAUGAUUGUGGAGUGGUCCAGACAGCAUGAGACAGACACGCUAGUUCACCUGUAUGAAGAUUAUAAAGACAGAAAUGGAGAUCAGAUGGAGUCUUACAGAGGGAGAACAGCUCUGUUUAAAGAAGAACUGAAGAAAGGAAACGCCUCACUGAUACUCUCAGCUCUCCAACCUUCUGAUGAUGGAGCUUACAAAUGUUUGAUUAGAUCAUUUGGCUGGUAUGAUGAUGUGACUCUGUAUGUUGAAGUUAAAGGAAAAGGAUUUCAUGGUUGGAAGAUUGCCAUUAUCUGCAUUUUUGUUUUUGCUGUUAUUUUAACUGCCUUUAUAGCAUACAUCUUAAAAGAUAAAUACUCUGAAAAGCAGCUCUCUCCUACACAGUGCUCAGUUAUAACCUACAUGCGUCUCCACGCCGAGAAUCCCCACAAAGAGCUGAACCUGAGGAAAUUCAGAACAACAGACAAAGGAUACAGGAGACUCAUUCCAGCUAUCACAAACUGCAGGAAGGCUCAGUGA